AUGUACGCGACACCACACGGUUCGUUUGCGGAACACGGCGGCAGCUCGUUUGCUGAGGGAGAUGGGACGAUAUACACGGCGACAUACUCAGGGAUUGAUGUGCUGGAGACCGUUGUGAGAGGGAUCUCGGUGAUGAGAAGGCGUAACGACUCGAGCUUCAACGCUACGCAGAUCUUGAAAGUUGCCGGUGUUGAUAAGACGAAGAGAACCAGGAUACUGGAGAAGGAGGUGCACACGGGAACACACGAGAAGGUACAAGGUGGGUAUGGUAAAUUCCAAGGGACCUGGAUUCCCUACGACCGUGCGGUGGCACUUUCGCAGCAGUAUGGUGUUUAUGAGGACUUGAAGCCGCUCUUCUUGUUCAACGUGUCAAAGUGUGACGGUGCUGAAACGCCAACAAAGGAACAGGCCAUUGCCCAAAAGAAGAAGUCGGCCACGGCAAUAUCAAGAGGCAACAGCUUCUAUGCAUCAAUGUCAAGAAAGCCCUCAAAUCUGGGAAGGUCAUAUUCAGUAUUGACCAACGCGGACGAGGAUAAUGGCCAUGUUGACGAUGAUGAGUCGCCUGGGAAGAAGCAAAAGUUAGAGAAUGGCGAAUCUGUUGCACUAUACAACAACAAUGGGAAUAACAAUGGGUCAAUUGCCGCUUCUGAUAAUGCCAUGGUUAUUUAUAACCAUGAUCUGGAUAUCGAGAAUCCAAAUGCCCCAUUCACUUUACCUCCAUUAUCAGGAUUCAUACCUGAAUUUGAACAUUCCAAGGAGAUUAUCACCCAAGUUUUUCUUUCACCCGAGGUUGACUCCCUAGCAGAGGCAGUUGGUGGUGAAUCCACACUUGUCGAUGUUAACUUGGAUGUUGCAAUUGACGAACUGGGACAUACCGCAUUGCAUUGGGCUUCUGCGCUGGCUCGUAUUAGCAUAGUGAGAGACCUGGUGCGUCGUGGUAGUGUAAGAAUAAGGGGAAAUAACCAAGGAGAAUCUCCGCUGAUAAGAGCUGUAUUGGUGACAAAUAACUAUGACCAAAGUUCCUUUUCAGAGUUGUUAGACUUGUUAUACCCGUGUAUCCCACUGUUGGAUCACCAACAUCGUUCUGUGUUGCACCACAUUGCACUCACAGCGGGGAUCAAGAGAAGAAGUGCUGCAAGUAGAUACUAUUUGGAAACGCUGCUGGAAUGGAUAGUGAAAAUCGGUUCUUCUUUGCCAAAAGGUUCUAUAACCUUGGGUAAAUUCAUGAGUGAUAUUGUCAAUGCACAAGAUAAGAAUGGUGACACAUGUUUGAACAUUGCUGCAAGAAUAGGAAACAAGGCAAUUGUACAACAACUGUUUGAUAUUGGUGCGGACCCUUCGAUACCGAACAAGGCUGGCUUGAGACCAGUGGAUUUUGGUAUCACUGUGAAUGGGCUUAACGCGUCCAGUGUUAAAUCUCUGCAACAGAACCAGAGUAAGACGUACAGCAAUCCAAAAUUAGUACCUCAACAGAGUAGUGGGAAGAUCCUCGAGUCUAUGAAACAAGUCUUGAACAGGCUAGACUCUGAUUUCAAGAAUGAGAUUGCAGAGAAACAGAAGACUAUUGAUGAUCUACACACAAAGCUUCGUAUUGCUACGACCAAGUUAUCAGAAUCUCGUAAGAAUCUAGAAACUUUGAAAGAGUCUGAGAUUAAAUCGAGUGAGUACAAACAAAAGAUUUCCAACCUUGAUAGGGCAACUGCAGAGGAAGAACAAAGAUUCCUUGACCAAACCACGGAGCUAGGAUCCAUUGGCAAUUAUGACGUUGAUUUUGAUGCGGAUGAACCAUUCAGGGUGUUACCUGUUUAUAACGCUAUCAUGGAACAAGUUGAAAGACAAGGAAACAACAAGACUUCAUUAGAUGAUAUCAAGAUCGAUCCAUCGCAUAUAAACGUCAACGAAUUACCGCCAGUGGCGGUGUUGCAGGCGAGAGUCAGAGCAUAUAAGGCGAACGAGUCCAAGCUGAAACAGGUUAUUAACGAGUUAAACGAGAAUUCGAAAGCACUUGAGAAUAAAUUCCGUCGUGUUGUUGCUCUUUGUACCGGUGUACCUGAGGAUAAGAUCGACACCAUAUUGGAUGGGCUGGUACAGGCCGUUGAGAGCGAUCCAGAUGAGGUUGAUAUGGGGAGAGUCGUUGGAUUCCUCAAGAAAGUUGACGAUAAACAUGACGUAUGA